CUCAUCUCUGGUCUGUAGCACGGGAGUGCCGUAUCUCCAAUAAGUGGUCUGUGGAAUAACGUAUAUUGCAUUAUGGUGGUUCAUUUUUCGAUUGGGGAAAGACAUUUGUUUUGUUUAUUUCUUCUGCCUUACGCGGCGCACUAAUUCUGCACAUAUCGUUUACCAUUAUAUGGAGAUACUUCUUAGCGAUCUUUUAAAUUUUCUAAAGAGUAAUACUGGUUAAAGAUAUACUCAAGUAUUAUACUUCUUCAAAAUUCGCAGUGCACUUCUUUUCCGCAAGAACUUUCCGAUACGAAGGGAGUGUAUUUCACAUCAACAUAUUUGGCACUUACGAACUCCUCCAAAUUAUGUUCCGGAUUCCAAAAACGUCAAUGCUUUCUACAAGUAAUGUAAAUAAACGUCCCAAGGAAUCUAGGAGCUGUUUUUACUCAUCUUAUGAAUGUACACAAUCUUGCUUGGAUGGCUAUUCAUAUUGUGCAAAACACAUUCUACAGGAUUCAAACUCACCAUUUAAACAGUGUGGUUUUGUGUAUAAUACAAAUGGAAGAAAAUGUCAAAAUCCAGCACCAAAGCUAGAUCGGAGAGAUCUUGCGUAUUGUAUGGACCAUACAAGAAAGGCACAAGUAGCGCGAAUAAAAUCUACUGUACGUCAUUCGUUACCACAAAAUCCAGAGACCCUUUUAUUGAAUCUUAGUCACUAUGUCAAGCCCACAGAUUCAAGUGCAGAAGACACGGAGGACGAUGAAAGCAAAAUAAAAGCCCUAGAUCCAUUCAUGGAAGUGGAUGCAUAUAGAAUAAAUGCCAGUGGAUGCGAUGUCUUGGAUUAUGCUAGUUCCUCUGAUAGUGAUGUAGAACCCACUGCAGUUAACGAUACUUUACGAGAAGCCUUGUUAGACGAUAGCGACAAUGAAAGUCUGCACAGUCCACAAGAAGACCCUUUAAAUAUUCAUUUUUUAAGGCACGCAGGAAUUUUUACUGCGGAGGAAGUAAUAUACAUCGCACGUGAGAAGCUCAUCAGACUUCAAUCGCUUUAUAUUGACCAGUUUCGCCGACUGCAGUACACGCUUAGAGAAAAGCGACGAAGAUACUUGCAUUCUUUGAAGAAGGAAAAAGAAACUUUAUGUAGCAUACAUGAUCAAUCAAAAGAAAUUACACGGGAGAAAAAAAUAUAUGAAAAAUUGAGGGCUCUGAACAGUUAUCAUAGACGAAGUGGGGUCGAAGCCAUAUUGUAUAAAAAAUCUUUAGAAAGAAGAGCACAGGCAACUGAAGGACCAAUGCAAAAACUGCCUAGUGUACCAAAAUGUAUUUUUACAGAAGGUGGUGUUAAGUGUGGAGAUAGAACAUUACCUUCAGCUAAACAUUGUAGAAAACAUAUUCUCAAGGAUCAACAUCAAGUACUGUUUAAAGCAUGCGGAGCAAUCCAUGCAGAUAUAGAAUGCCAUGAACCCGUGCCGGUAGUCUUUGAUUCAAACUGUGUUUUUCACAUGAAUUUAUCACCUCCCUUGAAACUGGAAACUAUUAUAUUUGACGAACCCAAACCUAUAAUUCAGGAAACGUCUAUAACUGAUAGUCAGUCAAUGGAGAUUGAUGUGGUAGGUGAGGCGCAAGAAAUAGAUCCUGACGAUGAUAUGGCUGGUUUAAUGAGAGAAAUGAAUGAUGUCGCACAGAAAAAGCCUACCUUUAAUGAAGGCUUAAACAGUGAAGCUAGUACGGACACAGCAUUCAGUUUAACAGCACAAAUGAGUGAUAAAGACGAAUUAAUAUCAGUUUGUGGCAAUUAAAAAUAUGAAUAUAUCUUCAGUUUCAGCCUA